GGAGUGUCAAAUUCAAUAUGAAAACGGAUGUUGAGCGAUGUAAACUAUGGGAUACUCGUGUUGCUCGUAAUUUCUCAUUGGAGCGAUCGAUCGCGCAAUUCGCGUAAUUGCACUGGAGAGCUGCGUCGAACAUGUUGAUCUACGAUGUGUUGCAUAAAGAGAAGGUGUAUCAUAUUGUCGCCAACGAUCUCAGGAACUUGGGCGUCAAGUAUCGCUUCAAGAAGAGCAUGCUUAAGAGCGAGAGGCCCGAGUCGUGUAAGCACGUCUCCAAGAGAGUCUUCAAGACACCCCUAUUUUACCAAGCCCUGGACAUUGUGAAUUUAUCGUCGGGUGGUACAGUCCACGUCCCCGUGUUCGUGGUCCAAGCGUCGACCUUCCUAGGGAAGUACAUCGCGCAGGAAGGCCUCUUCAGGAAGGCUGGCUCUCACGCGCGACAAAAAGAACUGAUGUCUCGUCUGGACAACGGCGGCAGCUUGGGAGAAAAGAGUCACGCAAUCGACGUUGCCAACUGCUUGAAAUCUUUCUUCCGUAACUUGCCGGAGCCGUUGAUUCCGUAUCCAUAUCAUGAUCUGUUUGUGCACUGCGCGCUCUUAAAGAAUUGUCGAAUACAGGCAUUGUUGUUGGCGUGCGUACUGUUACCGCCGUAUCACUUGAACACCUUGGCCUUUUUUAUGGAAUUCCUGAAGAAGGUCUCCAUGUACGAGAAGCAGAACAAGAUGAGUAUUGAAAACUUGGCGAAAGUUAUCGGCCCGAACAUCAUGCCUCUACAAGAUACGUCCAUGUCAGCUGUGCAGAAUAGAUUGCAAAUGCAUUUAUCCAUUAUCAAGAUUCUAAUCGAGAAUUCAGAGAACAUUGGUAUUCUACCGUCUCACAUUGCGCAAAGUAUUUCCGUCGAAACGAGUGGUAGCACGGACAACGGAUUCGAUUCAUUUCAACUACGUGGAAAAUCCAAAAAAAAGAAGCAUCGUAGUGGAAGUCUUACGCGAAUGUUCAAUGGCUUAAAGAAAAUGGUUGGAAAAGGUAUGGAUGAUGUACCUACCAUCAGCCAUCAACAGCCUCCUGUGCAGUUAAACGUGUCUUCAAACAAAUUUACCAAGAAACGGAAAGUAAUCGAGAGAGAGCAUCCCUCGAGUAUAAAGAAAAAGCGAAUGGCUGAUAAACUGGACAAGUCAAAGAAAUUGAGACUGAGUUUGGAUAAAUUUGUACCAAAGAAUAAACAAAAGAACACGGAUGCUGAUUUAUCAGACUCGUCUGCGAAUAAUUACAAGCUGUGUAACGAAAGACGUUGGAGUUCAGUAAGCAAUUCUUUUGAUGCACGUAAAAUACGUAAAUGUAGCGAUGGGAUAUUGCAUUUCGGAUCAAUGAAAUAUGAAUCGCCAAAUAAUAACUUUCAGCAAGAAUUUGAGGACGUGUUUACCGACGCCACUGUAGAUUUAUCAGAUGACGGUGGCGAGUGGGAGGACCUGCUGGUGAAAGUAAAAAAUCAUCGCAGAAGCGGCGAGCCAUGGCAUAAAAUUAAUGCGAGCACAAAUUCGAGGAAAUUGAACGGCGCGGACGAAAGCGAUAACGUGUGCCUGCUGAUGCCUGAGGAGAAGAAGACCGAUUUCGAAGAAUUUAAUGCAUCCCUGCCCCAUGUCGAUGGAGUGUCUUUAUCAAGCGAAGAUCAAUGCGAAGAGGAUUAUGUUAGAAUUCCAAAAAGCGAAUAUGAAGAUAUAAAGAAUCGAGUUUCUGCAAUCGAAUCGCGUAUUUCGCAGGAAUUUAAGUCUAUAUACGACGAAAAGAACGAUAUAACUACACAUUUGGUGAAUAAAGUGCAAACAGCGUACGAGAAGACGCUAGAAGAGGCCAGUAUCGAAAGUACCCUGACAAGCGAUUAUUUAGCGAAGAAACUGAGCAAGGAAUUAAAGAUCAGAAGGUCAGCAGAACAGAAGAUAAUAAGGUCCCCAAGUGCAAGAAAAAUUGGAAUAUUAAGGAGACGUUCGCAAGAGAAGGUCGCAAGCAAACGCGUUAGGCGAACUGCCUCGUGGCAUAUUUCACCAGACUUCAACUUACAACAUCGCAUUCAACUCGAAAGACAAGUAAAUGUUUGUCCCGUAGAAAAGCAAUCAAUCUUUUCUAGCAAAUAUUUCGAGGAGCAGACCUACUCUGCAGAAAGGUAUAAUAAUGUUACUCCCAAUCAAAUGAAUGCGUUGAUUUCACGUUCGGAACAACGUAAAAUCUCAAACAACAGCAAUGACAUGAAUCUUGGACUUAAAGAUCCAUGUUUAACGAAUAAUCGUACGAGCACAUUUGUACGUAGAGCGUCAUCUUUCCACGGAAAAGACUUUGUAGACAAUUCGUCCUACUUUGAUAAAAAACUCGAUGACUCGAAGAAGAGCAACAGUUAUCAGAAUAUAGCGUUAAAUAAUGAUUACUCACAGAAGGAUGACACCGUUUCCGAGUGCUUAAAAGAAGUAUCUUGGAAGGAUGCGGAUAAAUAUUUAAAAUCAGCGACUCGAACGAACACGCCAGUUCCGCAAACUGGUAGAGCGUCGGUCGCAAAACUUCGAGCACAGAAUGCUGGUAUGGUGCUAGCGCAAGCGAGAUUGUUUGACGAAUGUACAAGCAAGGCGUCCGAGUUUGCGCACGACAACGUAUCGAGAAAGAAGCAUUGUCGUGAUAACGUGAAUAAACGUUCACCGAAUAUAGCUAGAGAAAUGGACGCGAACGGUGAACGCUUCAAGCAGUCUCACAAGCGAACGCAAGCCUCGCGAAAGCAAUCCAAUAAGGAUCUGAAAAGUACAAAUUGUCACGCAACGCUGUCUCCAUCGCUACAAAUGAAGACGCAGACAGCAGACGACGUGUCAUUAAAACCACUUGAAGAACGAACGGAUUACCGUUCCGCACAAAAAUUGGAGUUACAAAAUCGGAAGCUCUCGACCAAGGAUCCAAGUUUACGUCAAACUUUCGCGAAAGACAGAGCGAUCAAUGUCACGGAGAGUCAUCGGAAGGAAAAUACUGUUGCGAAAACUUGGCCGCUAAAAGUGCCUAUCAGCGCGAUGCUGGAAAGUUCAAGCACGUCUCCUUACAAACCAGACGUCAGCAGAACGCCACACAUCAAGCGACCGUUGACAGUAAAGACCCCAAAAAGUUCCAAGCUAGUGCGUAGACCACCGGUUGACACGCGUAGAACACCACUGAGAGCUACGGCGCAGUUGGGAACCCCGAAGCAUCAAAGUCCUAAAAGUAUCUUGAAAACGAGAAAUCUCAGUAUGCACACUUGACAGAUAUGCGAAUCACACGGAUGUACAAUGUUAAAUUAUCGCCUAUGCCUUAUUCUUAUAUUCGUAUUAUUUUAAGAAAGUACAAUCCCUUUAUGCAUUAUAUAUAUACAUAUAUAUUUUUAUAACUAAUAUUUUGAGCUGUAUAUUAAAUACGUAUAUUAACAGGAUAUACACAAAAAGUUGUAGGAAUACAAUAUUACACGUGGAACUGAUAAUUUAAGCAUAAAUGUUUAAAAUCACAUGCCAUGACGAGAAUAGUAUCGUGUAGACGAGACACAAAUCGCAAAUUCAAAGAUAUUUUUUCUACGAGGUACAUUUUUCUCCUAAGAUUUAGGAAAUUCACUUUUAAAAGAAAUGAACAAGAUAUGAAAAUGUUACGCGAAUUAUUUUUAAGACCUAGUCAUCGCAUACAUCUCUCAUUUACACGCAAUUCUCAUUACGUUCUCAUUGUUCAUUAAUAUAUAUAUAUAUACACACACGAUACAAAUUAUUAUAACAUGUGAAAUCGUAGAACGUACCUAUUAUCAUGAAACUGAUUAAAUCGUUACUUAAUUUA